AUGGCCGCCCGCAAGCGCGCGUCCGUGCAGGCCAUCACGCCCGAGGAGCCGCCCACCGCGCCGCCUGCCGCCAAGCUCGAGGAUUCUGCGCGCGCGCCCGCGCGCGGCGGCGAGCCCUGCGGGCUCGACGCCACGCGCAGCCUGGAGUCCGCGCUGGCGGAGGCCAUAGCCGCCCUAGAGCGCGACGCGCCCCUGGACCGGCGCGCGCUCGCCGCGCUGCUGAACCGGUCGCUGACCGCGAUCUCGCACUGGUCGCUGCAGGCUCAGCUGUCGCAGCUCGAGAACCGCGCGGCCUGGGACUCGCGCCUCGCGGUCGAAAACAACCUCAUCAAGAAGGAAGUUGAGUUUUUUCGCAACCGGUGUCUCAACGAGCGGCGCUUGUCGGCGGCCGCGCCUGCGGCCGCCGAGAAGCGGGUCGCCAAAGCUCGCGCCAAGAAACCGGAACAGCCGUCGCUGCUACGGCUUGUGGAAAACAAUAAACCGCACCCACGCAUGCGUCGCAGCAGCGACAACCCGUCUGCCAACGAGUUUGUACGGGUUUUCCACCUCGAGAAACUGUAG